GUAACUCAGUAGUAGGAUUGAGUGCGCCAGCGCAGGUCGCGGCACUUCGGAAAAACAAAGAUGGCAGCGCGCGCGUAACUAGUGUCGAAAAUUGAGUUUUCUUCAUUUGUAACAGUUUCAAAAACUUAUUUCUGUGUUAUUUGGUUCGGAAAUCAAAUUAAAAGUGACUUGUUUUACAUGCAAGAAAGAUGAGUUGUGCACGAAUAUUUUCAACCCUGCGUCGCUGCAAACAACUGGAAGAUGGCGACACCUCAACACCUCUCUCCAGGUGUCUGGGUCUCCUGGACCUGACCGCCCUGGGGGUCGGCAGCACCCUGGGGCUGGGCGUGUACGUGCUAGCCGGCGCUGUCGCGAAGGACGUGGCGGGUCCCGCUGUGACACUCAGCUUUCUAGUCGCCGCUAUUGCUUCGGCUUUUGCUGGGCUAUGCUACGCGGAGUUCGCAGCGCGGGUCCCUAAGGCGGGUUCCGCAUACGUGUACAGCUACGUCAGUGUGGGCGAGUUCAUCGCCUUCACCAUCGGCUGGAACCUCAUCCUGGAGUACGUCAUUGGCACCGCCAGCGUGGCCAAGGGCAUGGCCAACUACAUCGACAGCCUGUGCAAUAACACCAUGGCCAACACCAUGGCUAGCAUUGCACCUAUCAAGGUCCCCUUCAUGGCGGAUUACCCGGACUUCUUCGCCUUCGGUUUGGUGCUACUUAUUGGUAUUUUACUUGGCGUGGGAGUGAGCGAGUCGACAAAACUGAACAAUGUAUUCACUGCUCUUAACCUGGCCACAGUGGUGAUAGUUGUCGUCGCUGGUGCCAUCAAAAGUGAUCCGGCAAACUGGAGGAUAAAUGUUGAGGAUUUACCAGAAGAGGACCGCGCCAAGGCCGGGGAGGGAGGCUUCAUGCCCUGGGGCGUGGCCGGAGUGAUGGCGGGCGCGGCCAAGUGCUUCUUCGGCUUCGUGGGCUUCGACUGUGUGGCCACGACCGGGGAGGAGGCCAAGAACCCCAAGAGGGACAUCCCGCUGUCUAUCGUUGUCUCGCUCGUCAUCAUAUUCGUGUCUUACUUCAGCGUUGCGACCGUGCUGACCAUGAUGUGGCCUUACUACUUGCAGGACGCCGACGCGCCGUUCCCGCACGUGUUCACGCAGUCGGGCAUGCCGGUCAUCAAGUGGAUCGUGACCAUCGGCGCCAUAUUCGCGCUGUGCACCAGCCUGCUGGGCGCCAUGUUCCCGCUGCCGCGCGUGCUGUACGCCAUGGGCUCGGACGGCGUGCUGUUCCGCUCGCUGGCGACCAUCAACCCCAAGACGAAGACGCCGCUGCUGGCCACGGUGCUCAGCGGGCUGUUCUCUGCGGUAAUGGCGUCCAUCUUUAACCUGAAUCAGCUGAUCGACAUGAUGUCCAUCGGAACCCUGCUCGCAUACACUAUAGUCGCAACCAGCGUGCUUAUAUUAAGAUAUGAGGAAGACAGGCAGGUGAUAGUGAACGACAAGGCGGUCCCGGAGACCCCGUACAGCGUGGUGCGCCAGAGCUUCAACCUGCUGGGCCUCAAGCACCCCACCGCGCUCUCCUCCGCCAUCGUCAAGUGCACCAUAUUUAUCUUCUUCAUAGCGGCGUUGAUAACGUGCGCACUGCUGCGCUGGGACGUGGGCAACUCGUCGCUGGGCGUGGGCGUGGGCGUACUGGGCGGUAUCCUGCUGGUGCUGCUACUGGUGCUGUACCGACAGCCCAAGGCUGACGUCACUAACCUCACCUUCAAGGUGCCGCUGGUGCCCCUGGUCCCGUACCUCAGCGUGUGCAUGAACGUAUACCUGAUGGUGCAGCUGGACCAGCAGACCUGGGUGCGGUUCAUUCUGUGGCUGGCUAUCGGAUACAUGAUAUACUUCGGCUACGGCAUCUGGCACAGCUCUCUGCGCCGUAAGGACGCAGAUGUCGCAAUGAAGACUGCCAAUGGAAAGAUCGACAACGAGAAACAUAUCACCCAACUUUGACACCGAAUAUAGACUGUAACGUGAAGAAAUAAGAGCCAUAUUCAUUCGACAUUGACUUUUAAAUAUUAGGGAAAAUUAACAUUCCACAUUAGUUAGUGUGAUUGCACAUUACCAACUGACACGUAUAUUUAUAUUAGUGGUUAUAGUGUGGCACAUCGAUUCUCUUUCUACAGACGUGAUCAAGUUGCCGAUCGGAUCUGUCAUUCCCAUACAUUUUGUUAGUUUUCGAAGCGUUAGCGUUUAUAGAAAGAGAGACAUGGCUAAGGCUCCUGAAACAUGAUUCGAGUCAUUAUGAAUAACGCGGCCCAGUCUGCCUUUAAUUUCCUUAUUACUAAGAACAGGUUCUUCUUUCAAUAGGAUAUACGAGUUUAGACUUAGACCCACCAUGCUGGUUUAAGACAGUUUGGCGGGUUACUCCGACCGUGGCUGUGGUGACAGUUGGGUGAUAUUUUGAUGAAAUUAUUAAUUUAUUUUAAAUACAUUGAUUAAAUUUAGUUUGUAGUUUUUUGUAGGUAAGACUUAGAUUGACUUAGUAGCUAAUUUGUAUUUAGAUAUAAGUAUCCUGAAUUCCUGAGUACACGACUUUGCUAGUAUUUUAGUAUACAUAAUAUCUUUGCUUUAAUUUACUCCAAUUUAAUAGCUGUAAUUAAUUUUACUAUAAUCAAUUUAAAAUACAUUAAAUGACGCACAUGUACGUCUUUUUACCGAAAGAAAUAAACUCCGCGCGUACGUAACGAAUGCGAAUUCCGAAUGUAGAAAAACUUAGUCUACGGUAGUCUCACGGAAUUAUGUGAAAUUAGGCAUUAGGUAAACGAAUACAGAAAACGUGUGUACCUAUACGACCGGCUUGAAAGAUAUGGCAAAUAUUCUUUAAAAAAGAAAAACGAACAAAGUAACUGGCCCGGUUGGAAUGUUCCUCAAAAUGGCGACCGCCGCGACUUUAGUUCCAGUUUUGGCCACCGGGUCAGAAAAGUUUGUGGUACUAUACACAGCUUCAAUCAUUAUCUUUUCUGUGGUUUCAAGAAAGAAAAUCGGUGUCCGUCCAUUAGCCAUAAAAACAGACGACUACAAAGUAUUUUUCUUAACAUGACUACAAAACGUUUUUCCGAAAUUUAAACUUACAUGUCCUUUACACAGAUAGUUAUUUAUUUAUAAUUAUUUAUUAUUAUCAAACAUUGCGCUAAAACCGACAUUUUUAUAACCGAUAAGUGUUUUAUAAAUUUCUAUUCCUCUACUAAUUUCCAGUUAUAUAAGACAAACUGUACGAUAACCUAAUUAAUUAGUUAUAAGUAAUUGUUUGUAAAUUACUUACUUACUGAUUUAUAUCAAUUCGCAGGGAAAUGAUAAACAGGGAUCAAAUCUCUGAGGGCUAUAGCCUCUAACGGUCUGUCCUCAUGGUAAAAAAACUGAAAGUUUUCCAGCCCCAUGAUCCUACCAUACGUAGGUAUGGAAGUUACCAUAUUAUAAUGUACCUAUCUAUCUAGGUACCUACAGAAACUGAAGGCAACUAGGUAGUUUGAUCCUUAAUGGUGAUCAUAAAUUAAUAACCCUUGGUGCUGAUCAAAAUUAAGAAACAAAUAAUUUAAUGACAAAAGGUACUUGUACAUCAUUUUGUAUGUUUAUAGGAAUUAUAGGUAUAUGUAAUAACAUAAUAUAAAACUUUUAAUAAGAAUUUGAUUUAGCAAACACAAUAUCUGUAAAAAUCCCUAGAUUAAUUUUAAAAUUCCCUACGGUUUUACCGAACGAGUUUAUUUCUUAUUUUUUUAUGAUUUCGCUAUGACGUAAAAGAGGUACCUAGGUAGCAUCAGCGAAGAGUCCAUACAGGCCGAUUCCCGCCGGGUUACCUUUUAAAAAAUCAUACAUAAAUUUUAAUUAUUGUAUGAAUGUAUGACAAAAUAUAAACGAGUAUGUAUGGAUGUAUGACAAACCGGAACUUGUGUCAAGCGGUAUAAUUUUUUUUUUCUUUAGGACGGCUUACCUUUGUCAAAAUUCCAUCUUUCGUCACUGCUAUGUAGAUAAUAUUGAAAGACUUCGACAAACAAUGUGAAUUUAUAGCUUUGAAAGUUGUUUUGUGUACUAUUAAACUUAAUAUAUUUACUAAGCAAAUGUAUUAAGUAAAUGAGAAUUAUAAUAAUAGCUAAAAUAAAAUACAAUUAAAAUAGUUUUAAGAUUUGACGAACUGUGAUUGAAAUGAAUUAUAAAAUUGUAAAAUAAUAAAUAAUAUAUACAUUAGCUACUUAUGUAUUUUUAUUAAGUGUGUGGAAUUGUAAUAAUCUUGAAUAAUAAACUUCAGCUUUCUUGUAGGCGUGUCUUUGCGAUGAGCCGCGGACGGACGGACAGACAGACGGACAUGGAUCAACUAUGAGGGUUCCUUGUGGACUACGGAGUACGGAACACUAUAAAACAACAAGGGGCUUUAUCUUUGUCAACGUAGUAUGUUUAUAUUUUAAAAUAACAAACACUUGUGUGCAAGCGCUUGUUUCACCAACUAGUCUGGUCCAAUAAGUAGGUAGGUACGAACUUAAUCUUUCUUAAGAAAAAUAUUAACGAAAGCUCAAUCGAUCCGGAAUAAAGUUCUGAGAAAAGUGUAUGAAUGAAAUUACAGUGUAAAUAACCCAAAAACUAAAAAAAAAUGGGUAAUAAAUGUUGAAAAUACCGGCCGAGAUUUAACUUCCAACUCCGGGCUGCUGCGAAGAAUUAAUUUAGAUAAACUUUUUCGUAGUUCGACCCGGAACACAUACCCGGGACCCUAUGGUCUGAAUGUUUACGCUGUGAACCGGUGACGCUGAGGUCCCAUUAUCCUUAAUGAGACCUCAGCGUCACCGGGGAGUUUGGGUGAGCGCAGAAGCAUCGUUUAUGGUGCUCGAAGGCGGAAGCAGAAUAGAUGGACGGAACGACUCUAUAAGGUCGUCUUCUGUGAGAUUCUGACUUCGGCUUAGAGGACCGUUCUGGAAGGGUGUUUGGGCCUAUGAUCUGAAGCCACAUAGAUGAACCUGGACCAGGGAGUACCUACUUAACAACUAGUUACUAGGUAGGUACUUAUUAAGCCGAUCCUUAAAGUGGAAAUGGGCUGGGCAUAUUUGUAGACUGCAGAACAAUAGAUGGACCAAAAGGGUGACGGAAUGGGUACCAAGGGGCGAAAAAAGAAAAAGAGGUCGCCAGAAAAGGAGAUGGAGAGACGUCUUCUCACAAACGAGUGGCACGGCCUGGAUGCGUACAUCCCGAAACAGGAAAAUAUGGAAAGAUUUGGGGGAGGCCUACGCCGUACAGGCGACUUGUAUCUAGUGUAUUAUUUCUUUUUUAUUAAUGUUAGAUUGUAAGUUAAAAUUGUAAAUGGAUACUAGAAUAAAGGCUUUUUUAUUUA